AGCAGAAAUCUGAGGUCCUUCACACUCCGGGACCUUCAGUCAAUCCGUCCUCCUCAAGUCCUCCUCAAGUGAUUAGGAUCUUGGUCAAUUGCUCACCAUGGCCGCCGAACUUCUCCAGAGCCUGCCCAGGCCAACCAUUGAUCGGCCAUUUGGCAUCCACCUAUGGCCUAUCUUCGACAAGGCCUUCGAGCUUGUUGUGGGAUAUCCCGCCAGCGAGUUCCGCUUCGUUGAGGGCGUCACACCCAUGUCUACAUUCAAGGAGACUGCUGUGAUGCUUGUGGCUUACUAUGUUAUCAUUUUUGGUGGUCGCGCGUUCAUGAAGGACCGUCCUGCUUUCAAGCUCAACACACUGUUCAUGAUCCACAACUUCUACCUGACCGCGAUCAGCGCAACGCUCUUGGCCUUGUUUAUCGAACAACUCCUUCCUACCCUCUGGAGACACGGCGUUUUCUACACUAUCUGCACGCACGAGGGUGGACUUACACAGCCUCUGGUCGUUCUGUACUACCUCAACUACCUGACCAAGUACCUUGAGCUCAUCGACACUGUCUUCCUCUUCCUCAAGAAGAAGCCGUUGACCUUCCUUCACACCUACCACCACGGUGCCACCGCUCUUCUCUGCUACACCCAGCUCAUUGGCUUGACCGCUGUCCAGUGGGUGGUCAUUGACAUCAAUCUCUUGGUUCACGUUGUUAUGUACUGGUACUACUUCCAGAGCGCUCGUGGUAUCCGUAUCUGGUGGAAGGAGUGGAUUACCCGCCUCCAGAUCAUCCAGUUCGUCAUCGAUCUUGGAUUUAUCUACUUCGCCUCCUACACCUAUUUCUCCUCGACCUACUUCCCCUGGGCUCCCAACAUGGGCAAGUGCGCCGGAGAGGAAUUCGCUGCUUUCUCCGGAAUCGCUGUCAUCACUUCCUACCUGUUCUUGUUCAUCUCUUUCUACGUCGCUACCUACAACAAGGCUGCCAAGACUGGCCGUCCUCGUCGUAACACCGGCAGACAGGCUGUUAUUGACAUGGCUAAAUUCGAGGUCUCUGCUCCUUCCACUCCCAACGGACAGGCCAAGUCGAACGGUGCCGCUGUGUCCACCGGACGCUCCAACGGCCCUGUUACCCGCUCCCGCAAGGCCUAGGUGCACGAGUGGUGAGACGGUCUUAGGGGCACAUCUCUUCACUUCUUCGAUGACCCGCUUAGCAAAUCGGCUUCGAAGCGCGGAUUCGUUCUCCCUUCGCUUUCACAGU